GAUGUGUGAUGUGUGAUUACAAAGAAACGACACGCGUAGCAGACACAUCAAAAUGUUCAUGGAAUUCCACUUGUCACCUGAUUUGGAGUGAAGAUAAUUAAUUGAAUGGAUUCUGAGUUCAAUUCUCUCCUAGUAUUACAUAUCACUAUACAACUUGUUGUCAGAAAAUUAUCGCAAUAGCUUCCGUUACUAGUAUUCCACCCCGCUUGUCUUGGACUAGCAUGUGCCAUCAGUUAAUCUGCAAUGGAUUUUCUUCUUCUUCUUCUUCUUCACCUUCUUGUCUUGGACUGUGGAGUGUGGAGUUGACACCAUGACAGCAAUAAUAAUGAAAGGUGAUUAUAAAUCUCCCCAACUGUCACUCUCCCCUUCCCUUCCCUUCCCUUCUCAUAUUUGAACCACCGCCAUCUCCACCAGCACACCAUUUCUCAUUCUCUUCUUCCCCAUACCUCUCCAAUGGCGUGACUCAGUGGUAACUCCUCAACUACUCCAAAAAUCCAAACCCUCUUCCAACCUUUCACCGACCCGGCAAAAAUGCUUCUCUUCGUCUUCCUCCUCUUCCUCCCUUCCUUCUCCUCCUCCCUGAACCAGGAGGGACUAUACCUCUACCAGCUCAAGCUCUCCCUCUCCGACCCGGACUCCAAUCUCGCCUCCUGGUCCGACCGCGACGAAAACCCAUGCUCCUGGCCCCGGGUCGCCUGCGACCCGACAACCCGCUCCGUCACCUCCGUCGACCUCUCCGACUCCAACCUCGCCGGCCCUUUCCCUUCCGUCCUCUGCCGCCUCCGCAACCUCACUUCCAUCUCCUUCUACAACAACUCCAUCAACGACACUCUGCCCCUCGACAUUUCCUCCUGCCGGUCCCUUGUCCACCUCGAUCUCGCACAGAACUUCCUCACCGGAACCCUCCCGGAGACUCUACCGGACAUUCCCAAUCUCAAGUACCUCGACCUCACCGGGAAUAAUUUCUCCGGGAAGAUUCCGGCCUCCUAUGGCAGGUUUCAGAAACUCGAGGUUUUCUCCGUCGUGUAUAAUCUCUUAGAUGGUGUCGUCCCCCCCUUUUUGGGGAACGUUUCGACUCUGAAGAUGCUGAAUCUGUCCUACAACCCGUUUUCUCCCGGUCGGAUCCCGGCGGAGCUCGGGAACUUGACGAAUUUGGAGAUACUCUGGAUGACGGAAUGUAAUUUGAUUGGGGAAAUUCCUUCUUCUCUCGGUGGGUUGAAGAAGCUGACCGAUUUGGACCUUGCGAUUAACGAUUUGGUCGGCGGGAUUCCGACUUCGGUCGGGGAACUAAUCAGCUUGGUUCAGAUGGAGCUCUACAACAACUCGCUUACCGGAGAGUUGCCGGCGGGGAUGGGGAAUAUGACUGAGUUACGGCUCCUCGACGCGUCGAUGAACCGGCUGACCGGUUCGAUUCCGGAAGAUUUGUGUCGGUUGCCGUUGGAGAGUCUCAAUCUCUACGAGAAUGGAUUCGAAGGCAACUUACCGGCAAGCAUUUCCUUUUCCCCAAAUUUGUUCGAGCUCCGGCUGUUCGGCAACAGGCUGACCGGUGACCUGCCUCAAAAUCUCGGCAAAAACUCGCCGUUGAGAUGGCUGGACCUGUCGAAUAAUCAGUUCACCGGUCCUCUCCCGGCGACGCUGUGCGAGAAGGGGGAGCUCGAGGAGCUCCUCGCCUUGUCCAAUUCGCUCUCUGGUCAAAUUCCGGCGAGCUUGACCGCGUGCCGGAGCUUGGCCCGAGUCCGAUUGGGGAACAACGAGUUAUCCGGCGAGAUACCCGCCGGGUUCUGGGGCUUGCCCCGAGUUUAUCUCGUCGAUCUCGUCAACAACUCGUUCUCGGGACAAAUCGCGAAAACCAUCGCCAGCGCGGCGAAUUUGUCGAUGCUGAUUCUGGAUAAGAACGGGUUCACCGGCUCGAUUCCGGAGGAAAUCGGUUGGGUCGGUGGUUUGGUCGAGUUUUCGGCUAGUGAGAAUCGGUUCACCGGCCCGCUCCCCGGAAGUAUACUCAAUCUCAAACAAUUGGGGAAACUGGAUCUUCACGAUAAUCUUCUCUCCGGCGAGCUGCCCUCUGAAAUUGAUUCGUGGAAGAAGAUAAACGAGUUGAAUCUCGCCCGGAACCACUUCUGCGGCGAAAUCCCCGACUCCGUCAGUAAGCUCUCUGUUCUCAACUACCUUGAUUUAUCCGGCAACCAGCUCUCCGGCGAAAUCCCAUCCAAUCUCCAGAACCUGAAGCUCAACCAGCUCAACUUCUCGAACAACAAGCUCUCCGGAGAGAUCCCGCCGCUGUACGCCAAAGAAAUUUACAAGAGCAGCUUUUUAGGGAAUCCCGGAUUGUGCAGCGAAAUAGCUGGAUUGUGUCAGGGGAAAAGGAAUAACCAGGAUUACGCCUGGCUGCUGAGGUCGAUUUUCAUCCUCGCCGUGAUAAUCUUCCUCGUCGGAGUCGUCUGGUUCUACUUCAGGUACAGGAACAUCAAAUCCCCCGGCGGCGGCGGCCGGUCAAUCGACAAAUCGAAAUGGACCCUAAUGUCGUUCCACAAGCUAGGGUUCAGCGAGUACGAAAUCCUCGACGCGCUAGACGACGACAAUGUGAUUGGAAGCGGGUCGUCGGGUCGGGUUUAUAAGGUUGUACUCAGCAACGGCGAAGCCGUUGCCGUGAAGAAGCUCUGGGGUGGUGGAGCGAAGAAGGAAAGCGGCGGCGAUGUGGAGAAAGGAGUUAGUGAUGACAAGGACGAUGAUGGGUUCGAUGCGGAAGUGAAGACGUUAGGCAAGAUUCGGCAUAAGAACAUUGUGAAGCUGUGGUGCUGUUGCGUCACUAGGGACUGCAAGCUUCUGGUGUACGAGUACAUGCCGAAUGGCAGCUUGGGCGACCUGCUGCACAGCAGCAAGCGAGGGUUGCUGGAUUGGCCGACGAGGUUCAAGAUCAUCUUGGACGCGGCGGAGGGCAUUUCGUACUUGCAUCACGAUUGUGUGCCACCGAUUGUUCACAGGGAUGUCAAGUCGAACAACAUUCUGCUCGACAGCGAGUUCGGAGCUAGGGUAGCCGAUUUCGGAGUAGCCAAGGUUGUGGAUUCCCCCAUGGGCAGACCCAAGUCUAUGUCUGUCAUUGCAGGUUCCUGUGGCUACAUUGCUCCAGAGUAUGCUUACACAUUACGUGUGAACGAGAAGAGCGACAUAUACAGUUUCGGGGUCGUGGUCCUGGAGCUGGUGACAGGAAGGCUACCGGUGGACCCCGAGUUUGGGGAGAAAGAUUUGGCGAGGUGGGUGCGAACCACGAUCGACCAGAAAGGGGUCGACCACGUUCUGGACUCGAAGCUGGAUUCUUGUUUCAAGGAAGAGAUAUGCAGGGUACUCAACAUCGGGAUCCUCUGCACGAGCCAUCUCCCGAUCAACCGGCCCUCCAUGAGGAGGGUGGUGAAGCAGCUGCAGGAGAUUGGGGGAGAAGCUCAAUCGAAGACGACGAAAGAUGGCAAACUGACACCGUAUUACUACGAGGAUGCCUCGGAUCAAGGGAGUGUAGUAUGAUUUUUGGAACAGAGAUGAUUACUGGAGGUGGGAUUUUGAGAACCCUAGUUUGUUUUUUUGCACUGUGGGUUUGGCGUUGGGAUAGUGAUUGAUUCUAUAGGAAUGGAUUCUGCAUUGUACAGUGUUCUAGUUUAAAAAAAGAGUUGAGAACCCACCAAGCCUGCAGCUUUGUCAGGUUAGUUUCAAUGAGUGUCCAUCCUAUGAUUUCAGGUGUGGGGUAAAUUCCUGCUUUGGUUGUAAACAGUAUUUUCUAGGUUUCAACUAGUAAUGUAUAUUCACGAGUAAGUCGUACCGCCUAGUAACGAUGGAAACGGGAGUGGUAAUGCAGCACUACACUAACGUAAUUUUGAUAAUUCGUUAUGUCGUAACUCCUAAAUCGUCGAUAGAGGAUCAGAUUCGCAACGUGGAUUGUAACAUUUCGCGACCCACACAACGUGUUAUAGAAGAUGAAAAGAGUUGGGAGGAUGCCGUGAGCAGCAGGGUGAGAUGAAAAUGGCCCUGAUAGCAACUAGCAAGUAGAUUCUGUACUGGUGUAGCCUGUUUGUUGCGUCGGCUGCUGGCUGUCUGCUUGCUAGAAUUUAUUUACUGGGGCGUGAGUGGGCCAACAGUCCAUAAAUGAUGGUGGGCCAGGAGAAAAGGGCUGGUCCUGAAUCUCUCGGAUAUUUUUAAAGUGGAUGAAAGGCCCUCUUUCGAUAGGCCCACGCUAUUCCAACUACAUUACUGUUGGCCCAGAUGAGCCAGUUGCCUCAAGUCAUCAAACUUCAUAAUUUUAGACCAUUUUAAGUGGCUUUGUUUGAUGAUUUUGGUUCUUUUUUUCUUCAAAAGUUGCAAUGAUUUUGAUUUCAUUAAAAAAAAGUUGGAGUUUGGAUUCUAGAAUGGCAAAAAUGGAAUGACAUGGAUACUAAAUAAAGCCUUAGAGUUUGGUCAUAGCUCAAUGAAAAAUAUCCGUAAACCAAAAAACCAUGUUGAAUAUAACACGUUUUACUACUAUUUGGGCGAGGAAUUGAAUCUAAACUUUCUCGAUGAAAGUACGACUAUUCAACCAAUUAUAGACUACACAGUUAUAUUUCCUUCCAAACAAUUUUUGUAUACGAUUAGUCUGACCUUAUACAUGUUGUUGUGUACAAAACGACAUUCUUAUAUCCUUAUUCUAUGCGCAUAACAGAAGAAGCACAUCCCCUGUCAUCCAAAUAAGUAAAAAAAAAAGGUAUGUGAGAAUCGCAAAAUUGUCCAUCUCUAUAUAUUCUAAAAGCCGUAAAAUCGUACUAUACAUGAGAUGUCAACCAAACCGCUAAUUAAAUCAAGUAGCUAAAAAAAGAUUAAAUAUCCGUGUACAUUAUCUAAAUUCAGAUAUCAAUCAACAUUGAGAAAGUUGUUAUAGGAUUCAAUGAAAAUUGUGACAAGAUAAUAUUUUUGGGCGACUUGCAUGUGGUGUCCCUCUCAAGUCUCAUCUCGCUUUCUCUUAACACGUUGUAAAUGGGCAUCCAAAACCUCACUUUCGAGUUUCGACAAUGUCUUGUAAGACCGAUCGAUGGGCACAUAGAAGAAUGAAACCGGUGAUCGGACCGCAAAUAUAGAACGAUUUCAAUAUUUCACAGACACGGCUCCCGAUACCUCCAUUAAAUGCCGCCUCUAGGCAAGGACGGGCUCAGGGGCAUUUCGGGGUGUCCAAGGAGAUCUCUAAAUUUUGGAAGAUCGAUUAUCUAACCUCUGAUGGUAAUUUACUUAUAAACCAAAAAAAAAGUAUAACUAAUAGUCUGGGACACCCUAAAAUUUGAAAGAACGAUUAUACUACUCUCGUUUGUAGUUUGCUUAUGGGAAUAUAAGUGGUAGUUUGGG